CUCCCGGAUCCCGCCCUCCUGGUCAGGGGUUGGUCAGGGAAACCCAACUCCCGCGCAUGGAUUGGUCGGCUCUCCUCUGGACGGGCAAAACAGUCUCUCCUCACAGACACAAUAAAGUUUAGAGCCGGACGCUUGCAGGCAGUAGGCGCAAAACCAGACCACUACAUCUCGUCGCUACGCUGCGCUCCUGCACAAGGAGUUACCACGCAAGAAGAACUGCGGGAUUUAUCCAGAUGUGUUUUGUUUUGUUUUUAAACUGCAGAUGCAAAUUUUUGUUUAAAUUUAACAACACUUUUACGCACAGAUCUCGCAAUGAUUAAUUGCUGCUUUCUGGAUAUUUUAUUCUACUGAAUGGCUCGGAGUUGGAUAUUAUAGUCUCCAAAACGCACGGACUACACGCGCUCCCACUCGUGCUGGACUAUAAACACGCGCUGCGGUUUCCAGGGCGACCAAAAACCCAAAACUUUGUGCGUUUUGAGGAGGAUAAUAACUGUGCCAACAUUUUCCAGAGGGGCAGCCGCUCAGCGCCGCGGUGACCAUGCCCGGGAUGAUGGUGUCGCUCAGCGGGGCAGCCUUGCUCAUCUUGUCCGGGCUGUUAGGUUCGCUCUGCGUGGUGCAGGCUUUCGGCGACGAGGUGGAGGAAAUGACCUGCGAUCCGAUCCGGAUCAGCAUGUGCCAGGGUCUUGGUUACAACGUCACCAAGAUGCCAAAUCUGGUCGGCAACGUGCUGCAGUCGGACGCCGAGCUGCAGCUGACCACGUUUACGCCGCUCAUACAGUACGGCUGCUCCAGUCAACUCAAGUUCUUCCUGUGCUCAGUCUAUGUGCCAAUGUGCACAGACAAGGUUCCCAUCCCCAUCGGUCCCUGUGGUAGCAUGUGUCUUUCCGUCAAGAGAAAAUGCCUCCCAGUGCUCCACGAGUUUGGCUUCAUAUGGCCUGAGGUGCUCAACUGCAGCCUCUUCCCACCUCAAAACGACCACAACCACAUGUGUAUGGAGGGUCCGGGGGAUGAAGACCCACCCUACCAGCCUGUCCGCCAUCCUCACCACCAAGAAGAGUGUCAGGCCUUGGGAUCUGCGCCUGACCAGUACACCUGGUUAAAACAGACUGAGAGCUGCACUCUCCAGUGCGGUUACGACAGUGGGCUCUACAGACGAGGGGCCAAAGUCUUCACAGACGCGUGGAUGGCGGUGUGGGCUGUGCUGUGCUUCCUGUCGACCACUCUGACGGUCCUGACUUUUCUCUUGGAUUCACAGCGCUUCUCCUACCCCGAGAGGCCCAUCAUCUUCCUGUCCAUGUGCUGUAAUCUGUACAGUGUUGCCUACUUGGUGCGGUUGACUCUGGGGAGGGAGCGAGUUUCCUGUGACCUGGAUGCAGCAGCAGUACCAAUUCUAGUCCAAGAGGGGUUAAAGAGCACCGGUUGCGCCAUAGUCUUCCUCCUGCUCUAUUUCUUUGGCAUGGCUUCCUCACUCUGGUGGGUGAUCCUGACCCUCACUUGGUUCUUGGCCGCUGGACUAAAGUGGGGCCACGAGGCCAUCGAAAUGCACAGCUCCUACUUCCACAUAGCAGCCUGGGCGAUCCCAGCUGUUAAAACCAUCGUUAUCCUCAUAAUGAGACUAGUGGAUGCAGAUGACCUAACAGGACUCUGCUAUGUUGGCAACCAGCAGCAGGAGGCACUCACAGGCUUUGUGGUGGCACCCCUGGCCACCUACCUUUUAAUAGGCACUCUGUUCAUCUGUGCUGGCCUAGUGGCUCUUUUCAAGAUCCGCUCCAAUCUGCAAAAGGACGGUGCCAAAACAGACAAGCUGGAGCGUUUAAUGGUGAAGAUCGGAGUGUUUUCUGUUCUCUACACUGUCCCAGCGUCCACUGUCAUUGGCUGUUACCUCUACCAGCUCUCUCACUGGGGGGAGUUCAGGGCCAGUCCCCGUGACUCAUACGUAGCAUCGGAGAUGCUUCGGAUCUUCAUGUCACUGCUUGUAGGCAUCACAUCAGGCAUGUGGAUCUGGUCGGCAAAAACCCUCCACACCUGGCAGCGCUGCUCCGCCCGUCUGCUCAGGGAUAGCAGGGCGAGCAGAGGAGGGAAGAGGACACCAGGUGAAGGCUGGAUCAAACCGGGGAAAGGCAACGAGACAGUGGUGUGAGGAAAAAGGAAUGGACUUCUACCUGCUUCUCUCUCAUUUAUAGAAACUGACUGCCAAAUGAAAGAUGGAGAGGGCAGAGAGAGGAGAUGAGCAAUGUGAGUCUCUCAAGGAAGCCACUGGAUGUAAUGACACCAACUGAUCCUGCACCUCUAAAGAAGGAGAAAAGUGGAGGAUUGGGUCAUACAUAAGUAGCAACAGUAGCCUCUCUACCUCUGUUAGACUUCUUUUGCCCAGAGAGAGAGAAAGCAAAACAAAAAAAAAAAUGAA